CAGAGGACCCACAGCCGUUGUGCCUUCGGCAGAGCCCCGCGCCCCACUGCUGGCUCCAAGAUGGCCCCCAAGAAGGCCAAACCGAAGGGGAAGAAGGCCAAGGGCAAAGGGCCAGAGAAGGUCCCCCGGAGCACCCUGCCCUACGUCAGCGAGAAGGAAAAGUUUCUGCAGAAGGAGCAUGUGACACUGACGGAGCACAUCAAGAGCUACACGGAGCGCGUGCGCCACUUCCAGUGGGAAAACAACUUCUUGGACAAGGAAGCCCAGCAGAUCCGGGACACCAACAAGGUCUAUCUCUCCUACUGGGCCCGGCGCAACCUCAGGUUCCAGAACGCCAUCAUUUCCCUGAACGACCAGAAUCGCUUUGACCUGGAGCAGAUCCGGAAGGAGAAGGUGCAGCUGGCCGCCUGGUACACGGUGAAGGAGCAGGAGGUGCGCGAGGAGCUGCUGCGGCUGGAGGCGAAGAUCUGCGUCCUGGACAAGGACAUAGAAGCCCUCCGUCCCUGGCAGGAGCUGCAGGCGGAGCAGCUGGCCCGCAUCCGGGAGCUGGAGAAGGAGCUGCUGGCCAUGAAGGUCCACCACUCGGAGCAGAUGCACAAGGUCAAGAGCCGCUUCCUGCAGCUGGUGGCCGAGUACGAGAUGGAGGCGCAGCAGAAGGUCCAGGCCCUGGCCAAGCUGGCCGAGAAGGAGGCCGUGCGCUGCCUCAUCCUGCACACCAAGCAGAUCAAGGCCGACAGCUGGCGCCUGCACCACGACCUGGAAGCCCUCAUCAAGGAGGCCCAGCGGCUGAAGACCUUCCUGGGCCAGCUGAAAGGCCAGCAGCGCCAGCUCCUCCGGGAGCACCAGUACCGCCAGGACCUGGCCCGCCUGCGCAGCUGGCUCCGGCCCCCGGGCGCCCGGAUGGUCAUCACCCCUGGCAGCUGCUUCCGGUGCAGCCCCUUGGCCAUAGGCAGGUCCCUCUCCACUCGGGGGUCUGCGAGCAGCGAAACCCUGGCCCCCGAGUGCCAGGCCAGCUGCUCUGCCCCAUGGGCCACACGGCCCUCCUGGCCCUGCAACACUCCUGCAGGGACUCCAAGGAAAGAGAGGGGCUGCUCCUCCUGAGCCUUGGAGGGAGGAGAAAGAGCGGGAGGCUGUGUCCGUGCCCAAAUGGAUGCCCAGACAUGGCCUCCCCCGCCCCAUGCUGCAGCCGGGCGCAAUACAACGCCAACGCUGCCCUGCAGGCCCAGCAGAAGAGGCUGAGAAAGAGAAGGAGGAGGAGAAACAGCAAAAGGAACCCAAGGCCCAGUGGAGAUUUGCACUGCUGGCCUCGAGUGCGAUGUCUGCAGCACCAGCUUCCUUCCGCUUUCUGGUUUUGAGUUUUGAGUUGUAGGUUGCUAAGGUUGUUUCUUGCUCCUCUUACAAAGUUUGUUCCUGUUGUAAGUCACUUGGAGACUAUAAAUG